AUGAAAAAUCCCCGUGGUUUAGAAGAAUUAAUUAAGGAUCCUAGAAUAAAGAAACAGAUGGAAGAGUUAAGGAAAAGACAGAACAAAGAAAUUGAGCAGGAUGAAGAUGAUGUUUUUUUUCAAUGUGAAGAUUGUUGUGAAAACUGUAAAAAGAUAAUUAAGCAAAGGUUAGUUAUCGAAAAUAUUAAGGGAGGAUUUGAAAUUGAUUUUGACAGGCAAGGGAUUAGUAUUUUUGACGAAUAUUCAAUACCUAAAAAUGUUGGUUAUAAUCAAAUUGAAAACUUUGACAAAAUUUUUACGGAAGUUAAAAAUUAUUUCCGAAAUAAUCAGGGAGAAUUUUACCUCGGUCAAUUAAUUAUUGAUAACCCUAUCGAAGCACAAAAAAAGGGAGAACAACAAAGAGAUCGAAGAGUAUCAGACUCUCCAUGUGACUAUCAGCCAACUCCAACCAGUUCGAGCAAAAGGGUAAUGUGUGGUAGAACUAGAAAAAUAGAAAGACAAAAUCAUUUUAUUCAUCCAGCGGCUUUGACCGAAGGACAAUAUGAAGAGUUAAAAAAUCUUCUUCCGAAUGAAACUACUUGCAAAGUUAAAGGUUGUUCUAACAAUUUUAAAUUUGGUCCGGGUUUCGAAGCUCCUGUUGGUUUAGAAGAUAUGGGCCAGAAAAUUGCUCCUAGGGGAGGGAUUUGUAAUUUUCACAAUACCUAUCCAGACUAUCAUGAUGCUAAUUUAGGGGUAGGAAAGGAUAUAGGAAAUAAAAUAACUAUUCGUGAUGUUUCUUUUGGUCCCGACAAAGCCCGAAUAGAGCAUUACAGGGAAGAAAUAAUUAUUGAUAACUAUUUUCGCACUAUUGAAAAAGUAACUACUAUUCCCUUUCAGGUGCCUCCCACUAAUCCUAAUCCAACUACUUAUGCCGAAGUUCAACAAAAAAAUUUGGAAAUUCAAGUUCAAAAUAGUGACUUGGCUCUGCUGGCAGCCGAACUUCUUGAUAUUAUUGAUAAAAAUAAUAAACUUUGCGACCAAGCCAAAAGCGAAAAAGGAUUAAAUUUAAUUGCUAUGUCAGAGCCUGAUGGUUCGCCAAUGCAGUUAAACGAUUUUAAUACCUGUUUAGAAGAAUUAGAUGAAAAUCAGCCUUUAAAUUCAACUGCUAAUCAAAAACAGUUAGUCAAAAAUCAGAAAAAUGUGCAAAGAAAGAAAGAUUUUGCUAAACGCUUGAAGGAUAUUUACAAAAAAAAUCAGGUAGCAUACCAAAAAGCAUCUACUCAAAAUCAGGGAACUGACCCCUCCUUAGAAAAUAUUAGAAUUGCUGCUAUUUUUCAAAUCGAAAGUAAACAGGUUGACAUGAAAGUCCUAGAAAAUGGAAAAUAUCAAAAUUACCAGUCAGUUAUCGAAAGUCUUGACAAAGAAGAAGAAAUAGAAAAUUAUAAAAACGAAAUUUUACUUGCUAUUUUUCGGGCAAAUGAAGAGAAAAAAAAUGACAAUCAAAAUUCAAAAAAACACCAGCCUUUAAUUAAUCAGGGAGAAAAGGAGAUUAUUGAAGCCUCUUCACUAGAAGAAGCAAGAAACAAGGCAAGCGAAGAAAUUCGAAAUUUUUUUGCAAAAAUGAGAAAAGAAGAGAAUAAAAUGGAUUUUGAAAUUUUAUUGAAUGAUGGAACCAAAGUAAAAGCAAGAGACUUCCAGGAACAUUUUAAGAGAUUAAAUUCUAAGAGGGAGAUUUUGGAAUUCUGCAAACUUCUGAAAAGGGAAAUGGUCAAACAUAUUACCACAGGUAAUCAUCAAAACAAUGGAAAUAAAUCCCCUGAAAAUAACUUGCUAAUUCCUAUUUUAAUUGGUUCUUUUAUUGUUAUUCUUGCAGUUUUAGUAGGUUUUGCAGACUUAGUUAAACGCCUUGAAUAUCGUGGGAUAACCCAAGACAAACUUUUACUUAUCAAAGAAAAGUUAAUUAAAAAAAGAGAAUUGAAUGAAAUGAUUGGUCCGCUAAGGGAAGAAAGGAAUAAGUUAAUUAAAGAAGGAAAGGAAACUGCUCAAGAAGUUGAAAAAAUUAAUGAGAAAGUCGCUUUGUUAGAAAAAGAAUUAGGCGAACUGAAAAAAAAAUUAAGUGAAUUAACCAACCAACUACCUAAUUUGCCUGCUUUCAAUACUCCCACUACCGAGGAAGGUAACAAAAUCAUUGACAGCACCGAAUAUCGACACCAUAUUCAACACAAUUUAACCCAUGAAAAAAUAUUAGAAAAGUUAAAUUUAAUUGACAAAGAAAAAAGUAUUCUUCUUUCCGGUAGCAAAUUUACGGUUUAUCAAGGUUUAGGGAGCGAAUUAUUGCAUGCUCUGAUUAAUUUUAUGAGGACCGAAAAUAGCAAACGUGGUUAUCGUUUAUUCGAUACUCCAUAUUUAGUGAACUCUUAUAACCUCUAUAAUACUGGGCAAUUUCACAAAUUUCAAGAUAAUCUUUAUAAAAUAGAAAAAGAAAACGAAAAAAAUAAUCUUUAUCUUAUUCCAACCGCUGAAGUUAGUUUGGUUAACCUUUAUCAGGACCAGAUAUUAACCGAGAAAGAUUUACCUUUAAAUUUGUGCGCUUAUAGUCCCUGUUUCCGGGCGGAAAGAAUGGCCGCAGGUCAAGAAAACAAAGGCUUGGUUAGGCUCCACCAAUUUCAUAAAGUCGAAUUAGUUAAAAUGGUUAAGCCGGAAAAUUCUUAUUCGGAACUAGAAAAGUUGGUAUCUGAUGCUCGUAAUAUUCUCCACCAGUUAAAAAUUCCUCAUCGAGUAAUUGAACUUUGCCAUAAAGAUAACUGUGAGGAUUUUCAAAGUCGGCGGGCCAAAAUAAGAGUAAGGGUUAAAGAAGGCCAAAAAUAUUUUCCUCAUACUCUUAAUGGCUCGGCCUUGGCAGUUGAUCGCUUAAUCAUUGCUUUAUGCGAAUAUUAUUAUAAUGAGCAGGAAAACAAACUAGUUAUACCAGAAACACUUUCUAUUAAUUUAAGGAUAAAAAGUAAGAAUUAUAAAAAAUUAUGGCAAAUUGAAAGUUGUAUUAAUGAACCACCUUUUGAUGCUUAUCGUGUUGGUGAUGAAAUAGAGGUGGAUUUAGAUGGAACGAAACGUAUAAUUAGAGAAAGUAUUAUUGGUGAUAAUAACAUAAUGAGAAGGAUUUCAUCACCAUCAUCUUAUUUUUCUUCAUCAACAAACAUAAUUAUCGAUUCGAAUGCACAGAUUAAUGGAAAUUGUCAAAAAGAAAGAUAUAAAGAACUAGUCAAAGAAAGAACUUCUAUACCUGGAACUAUCGAAAAACACUUACCAACCGCGAAAGAAGAGGCAAGUUGGUUAAGGGAUGAAUUAGAAUUCAGUUCUGGUAAAUAUGGUUUUAAUCCAAUAUUUUUAAUUCAUCCUUAUUGCAAUAGUUAUUACUCUUUUGAAACUUUUGUCACCGAACCUUAUGUAGUAAAAAAUUAUUCGACUCGUUCUCUCAAACCUCUUGAUAUUGUUAAAACAUACACGGAGAAAAAAAUGGGUCCUGGUUUUUAUCAUGUCGGAGUUUAUUUAGGUAAAAUAGAUGGAGAAUUUAAAGAUAAACAACUAUUAAGUGAGAUUCUAGAAAUUGACAAAAGACUGAAACAACAUCAAGAAAAAAUCUGUGAAAGUCCUCUCUUUUCUGAAUCACGUAAAAAGUUAUAUGAAGAUUAUGAUAGGAUGGUAGAAGAAUUAGAUCAGAAAGUUAUAAAAAGUGAUUUCUCCAACUGGGUUAUGGGCAAAGAUGGCGGUAUUUAUGAACAACUUAUCUCUGAAAUAAAUCGCUUAAAGACUGAAAUAGAAGAGUUAAAGAAAAAUCAGUCCUUAACUAAUUCAGAAAGACAAGAAAGGAUGCAGGAAAAUAAUAAAAAAUUAGAAGAAUUAACUUCUUAUUAUAAUGCUGGCUCGCACAAAACAUUAAAAUACAACUUAUAUAUGAAUUUGGAAAAAACACUUUCUAUUAUUAAACCUGAUGUUGGUAAAAUGAACUUGAUUGGUGAAAUUAUUAAUGUUUUAGAAAAAAAAGGUUCACCAGUAGUGGUUAUGUGUUUAGAAGGGGAAAAUGCAAUAAAACUUAAUCGGGAAAUUAUGGGAGCAACCAAUCCACAAGAAGCAAAGAUAGGAACAAUUAGAAGAACUUAUGGAGAAAGCAUUGAUGCCAAUGCAGUUCAUGGUUCGGAUAGCCCUGAAGCGGCCGAGAGAGAGAUAAAUUUAUUCUUUAAGAAAGAGGAAAUUUUCCCGCAAGGUUAA